GUUAAUACCAUGUAAUUUGUGCAAUGCGCGUUACACAGUAAUUUGGUAGGGAGUACAGACAUUUUAUGGUUGAAUGAUUUCGCGAAUAUCACGAAACAUAAUCAAAAUACAGUUAUCACCUAGAUCUGAAUUGCCUUCCAGAUUCACUGACCCAUGUAUAUGACCUGCUCCCAGAUUUGAGAUAACAUUUUCGUUCACACUCGUCACAGAAGUUAAACGUGAUGGUUAUAUCAACAAUGUCCUUUUCCAUAUUUUUGAGAAAGUGAAGUCAUGGUACUUUUAAAGAGCCAAAAACAAAUGUGUUUUGGGAGAUUUGUAAAGAGUGCUGCUGUGUUGUGAUGAAAGUGGUGUGGAUUUCCUUUUUUGUUCUUUGUAUACAUCCUGGAUACAUAAGAACAGAAGAUGACACAAACGAUGAAAAGGACGACGUUACAAACAUUCACAGUUCAUCGGAAUGCCAAUGUUCGGAAUGGGACUCAUGGUCUGACUUCAGCGCGUGCUCAAAACACUGUGGAGGCGGUAAACAAGGACGAAGCCGAACGCGGCACUGCAAUAAAACUGUGGUUGUGACGUCACAAGGAGAGGUGUCCUGUACCCGGAACAGAACCCAGUAUCGCUUCUGUAAUGCUCAAGACUGCGGAUGUGACGUAGUCUGCAGUCCGUGGAGUGAAUGGACCAAUGGCACAUGCUCCGUGUUUUGUGGAGGAGGGUCUUUACCAAGGACACGACACCGGAAGUGCCAAGGAAACCAAGGCUGUCCAGAACAAGCCCAGGAGCUAUCGUCGUGUAACGUAAAACCUUGUUCACAAUGUUCUUGUGAUCUCUGGUCAUCUUGGUCAAGCUAUGGUCUUUGUUCCGUCACGUGCGGACAAGGAGUUCAAAUCAGAAACCGGGAGCGAGCCUGUAGGUCUCUUGCUAUUGGUCAAAACUGCAUGUCUGCUACCAUAGAAACCAACGCAUCACCCUGCAACUAUGGGAUUUGUUGUGAUGACAUUUGUUUACCUUGGUCCUCUUGGCGGAACGAUUCUUGUUCAGUGACAUGUGAUGAAGGCACUUUCACAAGGUCGAGGACCAGAUUAUGCCCGCUACAGUCAUGCGCAGAUCACAAAACGGAAGUGGAUAGUUGCAAGAAGGAAACUUGUCUUUCAACGUGUGAGACGACCUGCUCCCCCUGGGGAAACGUGACAGCCUCUCCUUGCUCUGCGACGUGUGGAGGCGGCACGCGAAUCUACACAAGUGUUCGAAACUGUACAUAUCCUGAUUGUGUGACUGAAAACGUUAUGGAAGAAAACUGUAACGUUCAUCCAUGUCGAUCAUCUUGUAAAGAGUCAUGCAGUAGCUGGAAUGAAUGGCAGAAUAGCGACUGCUCGGCUUCCUGUGAUGAAGGAAUUAUGGUACGCCAACGCACGAGAACUUGUGACAGUACAGAUUGUGUAACAACUGACGAGAAGUCUGUAAAAUGUAGUAACAAGACUUGCGCAGGUACUUGUGACUUAAAAUGUAGUCAUUGGGCGGAAUGGCAGGAAGGAAACUGUUCCACGGACUGUAAUGAAGGUGUUGUGACAAGGACAAGAGUCCGCGGAUGUCCCCAAUCUGCCGGAGAUUGUCGUCAAAAACAAGAAGUUGAAUCGCCCUGUUAUUUAAAAACCUGCUCAGAAACUUGUGACGUCAACUGCAGCCAGUGGGGCGAUUGGAGGACAGGACACUGUUCCACCACGUGUGACACUGGAAGCGUCGUCAAAAAGCGGUUCCGGAAGUGUCCAGCGAAAAUUAUAGAUUGUGAUCAUACCGAACAAGAACCAACCACUUGCCAUUUAAGAACAUGUCCAGUGACCUGUGAUCGACUAUGUGGCCCGUGGGGCCAGUGGAUGGGCGUGGUCUGCUCGACCACGUGUGACAAUGGCGUCAUCACGCGCACCAGAGUUCGAACGUGUCGGUUUCAGAACAGAGAUUGUGGAAUGUAUGAAAACCGCACUGAGCCUUGUAACAUGAGAACUUGUCCAGAUACCUGUGACAGUAACUGUACCACAUGGAGUCCCUGGAUGGAGAUAGGAGCCUGCUCUCGAUCCUGCGGGUCAGGGCUCCAAACUCUACAAAGAGUGCGGUCAUGUGGAAAGCCGGACUGUUCAGCGCUGGAGUUGUCACACCGGCACUGUAUGGAGGGGAUAUGUAUUGACAAAAUAAAGGACAUUCGUCCUGUAUGCAAGACACCUGGGAUGUUUUAUCCCCAUCCCGCGGACUGCAACAAGUUUUUUAGUUGUAUAUGGACGAUACCAGUCGAGAUGCAGUGUCCGUACGGUACAGGCUGGGUACAGGAGAGGGGAGUGUGUGAUUACAGAUGGAGGAUACCAAACUGUCGCUGACUUUCCAGGGAUACAGUUAUCAACUCCACAACGUCAGGGUACAGGGGAGUGUGUGAUUACAGAUGGAGGAUACCAAACUGUCGCUGACUUUCCAGGGAUACAACAGUCACCACCUCUAAAUUAUGAUUUCUAAAAUUAUCUAAGCAAGAUGUUGAAACACAUAUACCAUACAAGGGGAACAACUCCAAUGUGCAUACAAAAUACGACAUCCUCGUUCUCUGAUGUCUAUUUACAUGUUUUAUUGCCUUUUUAGUAACGUGAUCUUGUUCAAGAUGUCCAACCUAUUCAUAGUCCUUUCUAAGAUUAACACUCCCGGAUAAAACCCUACAUAAUUAUGUGACAAUUACGGUUCCAUAAAUUAUUCAUAAUUUAUUUCGUGAAUAUUCAUAAUUGUUUUUUUUUUCAUACCGGUAUUUCUUUCCUUUUAUAUAUUAAUUCAUUCUACAACAUUGAUUUAUUUAUAGAAAUUACAUCUCCUAUACUUAUUUAUUACUGGUAAAUAUGCUGCAUUGUAUUUGUACUACAUGUAUGCUCCAUUUGGUAGGUAACAUUUCAAUGCUUUACCACACUGUAGGUUAUGAAAUACGUAACCUUACAGAAUACUGUGUAAUAUAUUUACCUAAACCUUAUAUUGUAAUGUCUUUAUUGCAGCAAUGUCCCACAGGCAUCGCUGGUUCUUGUCUCCGAACUUUUUUGAAAGAUUGCCUGCCUUUUUUUUUAAUUAACUGUGGUAUUUUCCAAAUCUCCUUUCCUCCAGAUUUAGUCAAUAUUUUCCUAACUACUGAGGUGAUACAGUGCUGUAAUAUCGAGGUCGUGGUAUCAAUUUUCGUUUGAAAUGUUAAGAAAUAUCAUAAAAUUAAUUAUGCUUAAAUAGAAUAAUAAUAUACUGAUGUAAGUGCUAUUAUAUUGGUGUUAUUGAACAAGUUUAUUUAGCAGGCUCCCUCAUUCAAGGGUCAAGAAAACCGGAAAUAUAUUCAUAACGGUACUGACAUAGGGACAUAAAUCAAUCAGGGCAUUCAACCACAGAGUGCCCAAUCUUUUGAGGAAAUGUAACAAACAAAACGCAUUAUGAUGUUUUUGUGUUGAAAUUAAACUCGUAAACUUAUCAAAGAGACACCAACCUAUUGCUUUUACCCGAUUAGGUUAAUUGUCACAACUCUGCAUAAUAGACGUAAGUACCACAAUAAACAAACGGGAAAAUUUAACACAAUUUGUAUUGUAGACGUAUUAAUGUCCGUUAACCAAUCUUGUGUAUCAAGAUAGCUUCUAAACCUGUCUAUAAAGGAAGCAUUUUAAUAAGUUUUCGUAAAUGGUACAAUAAAAGAUUAUAUAUAUGUAUAUAUAUACAUGUACAUACAUAAAACAAUACUAAAAGGUAAAUCAACGGAAACUUUAUUACUUGUGAUGUAAUUAAUAGUUCGUUUUUCAUAUUUGUACAUAAAAAUAUAUAAACAUUGUAUAUGUUUAUAAAUAUUCACGGCUAAGAAAUCCACAAAUGACUCAUUUUGAUGAGCAAUGUAAAUAUAGUAUAAACAUAUUAUUGUGCAUUGUUAUAUAUGUUUUUUUCUGUAUCUUAUUUAUACAUGUCUAUUUCUGUAAAGUGUAAGUAUCAUAUAUUUUGUCAAAACUACUAUCAAGUUGUCAUAUACGUUCAAUGUAAUACUUAAAUGCUACACUUCUGUUGAUUUAAAUACAUGUAACAUAUGUGCCUGUCCAUGUCAUAUUGAAUUCAUCAUAUUAGUCAGGAUUAUUUGAUAAUUUACUUUGAUAAUGACUUCCAUAAUUACACUAUGGCAUACGUUUGACACCAUUUACUAAUGAUAUCACAAUGAUGUUUUUCAUCUAUGUCAAAAAUAUCAAUGACAUUGAAUAAAUACAUUACACGACA